AUGGCCACAUUCGGCCAGUAUUGCGUCCUUCAUUACGGCUACUCGACCGUGAGAGUGCACUGCUAUACCGGUCAAUGGCGUACGCAGAGAUUUGCACUGCCCCGUUGCGCGGAUGGUGAUAGCCAGUGCAGUGUGGAGCACAUCGCCGGUCCAAACAAUGGUUACAUCACAACAGUACCAUAUCGAUAUCGACGAUAUAACCACAUCGUCAGCUACCGAGCACUCAUCGAGAGACCAUUAGGUCAUGCAUCAAGUGGAGCGAGCGAUGAGAAACGGAGACGACCAGUGAACUCGAGCAAGAAUUCUGAGUCACGAUAUAAGCGAGAUGAAAGGUCUGCCAUCAGCCAAAUCACCCACGUUAUGUAG